UUUUCUCAACCGCACACAUGGCCCGGACUAUCCACUUUCAAAUAUUCAUGCCCGUGCCCGGGGGCAAUAAUAUGGCCAUGCUACGAUAAUUUCAUGUCCUCCUUCCAAACUUGAACAAAAUGCUUCCUCUCUCAUCCUUUAUGCUUUCUGGCAUUUGUUUCUACACGGUGCUUCUUCUUGGCACCUUGUUUCUUUUGUAUCUUGGAUUCUUUAAGAUGCUAGGUUAUCGUAACCGAAUUGCAGAGGCUGAUAUCCCACCGGGUAGUUGUGGAUUGCCGUUGAUCGGAGAGACCAUACAGUUCAUGGCAGCCAUGAAUAAUGGCAGAGGUUAUUACGACUUCGUCCGAGCUCGCCGUCUAAGGUAUGGGAAGUGCUUCAAGACCAACAUCCUUGGACUGGCACAAGUUUUUGUUUCAAGCACAGAAUCGGCUAAGAUAAUUUUAAAAAAUGAAUCUGGAAAAUUCACGAAGAGAUACAUAAAAUCAAUCGCAGAGCUUGUGGGAGAUCAAAGCCUGCUAUGUGCUUCUCAUGGACAACACAAACUCAUCCGUAGCUGUUUGACACAUUUAUUCUCAACAAGUUCCAUUUCUGUUUUUAUCAGACAGUUCGAUGAACUGGUUGUGAAAAGUCUUAGCACCUGGCAAGAUAGGGACACAAUAGUUGUUCUUGACCAUGCAACCGAGAUAACCUUCAAAGCCAUGUGCAGGAUGUUGAUGAGCUCAGAGGACGAUCCGAAACUAGAAAUGCUGCAAGAGGACAUAACUCUUGUCUGUGAAGCCAUGCUCGCCUUCCCUAUAAGGUUUCCUUGGACUAGAUUUUACAAAGGCCUUAAGGCCAGGAAAAGGAUUAUGAGCACACUGGACUUGAUCAUGACUGAAAGAAGAAGAUGCUCACAAGGCAAUCAAAAAGAUUUUAUGCAAUGCCUGUUGGUAGAAGAUGAAAAGCCAGGUUCUGAUGAGGCCUAUAGGAUGACAGACACAGAGAUAAAAGACAACAUUUUGACCAUGAUUAUUGCAGGUCAGGAUACAACUGCAAGUGCAAUCGCAUGGAUGGUCAAGUAUCUUGGAGAAAAUCAAGAUGUUCUAGACACCCUUAGAGCAGAGCAACUUCACCUUGCAGAAAAAAUUUCACCAGGGCCCUUUCUCACACUGGAAGAUCUUGCUGAGAUGCCAUACGCUUCUAAGGUAGUCAAAGAAUCAUUAAGGAUGGCAUCUAUAGUACCUUGGUUUCCAAGAUCAGCACUUCAAGAUUGUGAGAUUGAAGGAUUUAAGAUAAAGAAAGGGUGGAACAUUAAUGUUGAUGCUAAAUCAAUACACCUUGACCCUAAUCAUUACAAUUGCCCCAACAAUUUCAAUCCUUCAAGGUUUAAUGAUGACUCAAAGCCAUACAGCUUCUUAGCAUUUGGGAUGGGAGCAAGAACCUGCCUGGGAAUGAACAUGGCUAAAGCCAUGAUGCUAGUCUUCCUUCAUCGUCUAAUCACAACAUACAAGUGGCUGGUGAUAGACUCAGACUCAAGCAUUGAGAAAUGGGCAUUGUUCUCCAGAUUAAAAAGUGGUUGUCCGAUUCAAGUAACCCGUAUUGAUAAUAGAAAGGAUGAUACUUCUGCGUAUGUCUCUCGUUGA